GGAGCGCUCGGGUGGGGGCACCGCCGGCUCCGAAUCGCGCACAAUGAGACAGCGCUGAGCGCCGGAAGUGGGGCCGAAGGAAAACACGGAGAGGGAGCCCGGCCGGGACAGGAAGAGGCGGGGGACCGCGGCGGAGGUGGUGCAGAGUAAGAAAAUUGAAGUCAAAGACCAUGGGAGAUGCAGCAAAACCUUAUUUUGUGAAACGUGCUAAAGACCGAGGGACUGUAGAUGAUGAGGAUUUCAGAAGGGGUCACCCCCAACAAGAUUAUUUAAUAAUGGAUGAUUAUGCUAAAGGCCAUAGCAGUAAAAUGGAAAAAGGCCCUCCAAAAAAAAAAAUAACACCAGGGAACUAUGGGAAUACCCCCAGAAAAGGACCAUAUGCUGUUUCCAACAAUCCCUAUGCAUUUAAAAACCCAAUUUACAGUCAACCCGCUUGGAUAAAUGACAACCACAAAGAUCAGAGUAAGAGAUGGCUCUCUGAUGAACUUGCUGGUAAUUCAGACAGUUGGAGGGAAUUUAAACCUGGACCUAGAAUUCCUGUUAUAAACCGACCAAGAAAAGACUCCUUUCAGGAAAGUGAGGAUGGAUAUAGGUGGCAAGAUGGAAGAGGCUGCAGAACUGUAAGACGACUACUUCAUAAAGACUUGACAAGCCUAGAAACCAUGUCAGAAAUGGAAGCGGGAAGCCCUGAAAACAAGAAGCAGAGGUCCAGACCUCGGAAGCCACGUAGGACUAGAAAUGAGGAAAAUGAGCAGGGCGGAGACUUGGAAGGCCCCGUGAUUGACGAGUCUGUGCUUUCAACGAAGGAGCUCCUGGGCUUACAGCAGGCAGAGGAGCGAUUAAAAAGAGAUUUCAUUGACAGGCUAAAAAGGCGACCAAGAAACUACCCUACAGCUAAGUACACCUGCAAACUUUGUGAUGUUUUAAUUGAAUCCAUUGCAUUUGCCCAUAAGCAUAUCAAAGAGAAGAGGCACAAGAAAAACAUUAAGGAGAAGCAAGAGGAAGAAUUGCUCACUACGUUACCCCCGCCUACACCCUCCCAGAUAAAUGCAAUUGGUAUUGCCAUUGACAGAGUGGUACAGGAGUUUGGCUUACACAAUGAGAACUUGGAACAGAGACUAGAAAUUAAACGUAUCAUGGAAAAUGUGUUCCAACACAAGUUACCAGAUUGUUCUCUGAGAUUAUAUGGGUCAUCCUGUAGCAGAUUGGGUUUCAAAAAUUCAGAUGUAAAUAUCGACAUUCAAUUUCCAGCCAUUAUGUCUCAGCCAGAUGUUCUCUUACUUGUUCAAGAAUGCUUAAAGAACAGCGACUCUUUUAUUGAUGUGGAUGCAGACUUCCACGCUAGAGUGCCAGUGGUGGUGUGCAGAGAAAAGCAAAGUGGUCUUCUUUGUAAAGUGAGUGCAGGAAAUGAAAAUGCUUGUUUGACGACAAACCAUUUAACUGCCCUUGGAAAACUUGAAUCAAAGCUGGUUCCUUUGGUGAUUGCCUUUAGAUACUGGGCAAAGCUUUGCAGUAUAGAUCGCCCUGAAGAAGGAGGUUUGCCGCCUUAUGUGUUUGCCCUGAUGGCUAUUUUCUUUCUUCAACAAAGGAAAGAACCUCUUCUGCCUGUUUAUCUAGGAUCAUGGAUCGAAGGAUUCUCAUUAAACAAACUAGGGAACUUCAACCUUAAAGAUGUUCAAAAAGACACCGUGGUCUGGGAAUACAUUGACAAUGCCGCCGGGGAUGCAGACACACCAAAAGAAGUACCUGUUAAAAGGGGACAGGUAUCAUUAAUGUUUGAUUCCAAGCACGUCCCGUCAGUUCCAGUUGGGCAGCUCUGGGUGGAAAUGCUUCGAUUCUAUGCUUUAGAAUUUAAUUUGGCUGAUUUAGUGAUCAGUAUUCGUGUCAAAGAAUCUGUAUCUCGGGAAUCAAAGGAUUGGCCCAAAAAGCGCAUUGCCAUUGAAGAUCCUUACUCUGUUAAAAGAAAUGUGGCAAGGACUCUAAAUAAUCAACCCGUGUUUGAAUAUAUACUUCAUUGUUUAAGGACAACGUAUAAGUAUUUUGCUCUUCCACACAAAAUUACAAAAUCCAGCCUUCCAAAGCCUCUGAGUACUGUCACAUGUCUUUCCGAACAUUCUAAAGAGGUCGCCAAGCGUGACCCGGCUGCACAAGCAAAAGAUGAUAAACUCAAAAGGUCAGUUUUGGCUCAGGGGCCAGGUGCUGCCAGUUUGACUGCAGAUACCUGCAUGGUACAGCCACUGACUCUUAAAGAGACUGCUGAAAGCUUUGGAAGCCCCCCAACGGAGGAAAUGGGAAAUGCGCACGUCAGUGUCCACCUGGAAAACCCAGACUGUAUCAAGGCAGGGGCCAGUUGUGAUGAGUAUGAGGAUAUUAAAGGACACCAUCAAGAAACAGGAAGUGAAAUUGGGAGAGAGGGCAAGCAUCCCUUGACUGCCGAUGACCAGGGUUUAAGGCGCAGCAGACAUCGAGAGCUUGUCAUCUGUGGCAGCACACAAAAUAAUGAGACAGAGAGCACUUUGGAUUUAGAAAGCUUCCAGAAUCCUGCAGCCAGAGAGUGUGAUGGAUUCACUACUUCAGAGGACAAGGCUGAUGUUGACGAAGAAGGCGUAGAAGGUAAUGAUGAUCUCGAAGAUGCUCUAAGCCACUUCACCCCUUCAAGACAGGGCCAUACAUCAGGAAUCAUUCAUUCCGAUGAAGAGGAGGAGGAGGAAGAGGAAGAGGAUGACGAUGAAGAACCCAGGCUGUCCAUUACCCGAAGGGAAGAUGAGGACGACUUGGCUAAUGAAGAUGAGUUAGAAAAUACAUACAUGGGAUCAGGGGACGAGGAUGCCCUGUCUGAGGAGGAGGAUGAAUUAGGAGAGUCUGCUAAGUAUAAAGACUUGAAAGAAAGUGGAAAACCUGCGGAUGGGGCUCUACUAAUGGCAUUUAAUAAGAUCUGUCUUAAAGAAGAAAGUGCAUGCGAGGAAAGCUCAACUGUGGAUCAGUCUGAUUUCUUCUAUGAAUUUAGUAAACUCACAUUCACCAAAGGCAAGUCUCCUAUGGUUGUGUGCAGCUUAUGCAAACGAGAAGGUCAUCUCAAGAAGGACUGUCCCGAAGACUUCAAAAGAAUUCAGCUGGAACCUUUGCCACCACUGACACCCAAAUUUUCAAAUAUCUUAGAUCAAGUUUGCAUCCAGUGUUAUAAGGAUUUUUCUCCAACUAUUUUAGAAGAUCAAGCUCGUGAACAUAUUCGUCAAAACCUAGAAAGUUUCAUAAGACAGGAGUUUCCAGGAACUAAAUUGAGCUUGUUUGGCUCCUCCAAAAAUGGAUUUGGGUUCAAGCAGAGUGACCUUGACGUCUGUAUGACAAUUAAUGGACUUGAAACUGCAGAGGGGUUGGACUGUGUACGAACUAUUGAAGAAUUGGCAAGAGUCCUCAAAAAACAUUCAGGUCUGAGAAACAUCUUGCCUAUUACAACAGCAAAGGUGCCAAUUGUAAAGUUCUUCCAUUUGAGAAGUGGUUUGGAAGUGGACAUCAGUUUGUAUAACACACUGGCCCUUCAUAACACAAGGCUCUUAUCUGCUUAUUCAGCCAUUGAUCCCAGAGUGAAAUAUUUAUGCUAUACCAUGAAAGUAUUUACAAAGAUGUGUGAUAUUGGUGACGCAUCUAGAGGCAGCUUAUCAUCAUAUGCAUACACACUUAUGGUGCUAUAUUUUCUCCAGCAGAGGAAUCCACCAGUCAUUCCUGUCCUUCAAGAGAUAUACAAAGGUGAAAAGAAACCUGAAAUAUUUGUUGAUGGCUGGAAUAUUUAUUUUUUUGAUCAAAUAGAUGAACUGCCCAUCUAUUGGCCAGAAUAUGGGAAAAAUACAGAAUCUGUUGGGCAGCUGUGGUUGGGACUUCUUCGAUUCUACACAGAGGAAUUUGAUUUUAAAGAACAUGUUAUUAGCAUCAGGAGAAAAAGUCUGCUUACAACUUUUAAGAAACAGUGGACCUCAAAAUACAUUGUUAUUGAAGAUCCCUUUGAUUUGAAUCAUAAUCUUGGAGCCGGAUUAUCAAGGAAAAUGACAAAUUUUAUAAUGAAAGCAUUUAUUAAUGGUAGAAGAGUAUUUGGUAUUCCAGUCAAAGGAUUUCCAAAGGACUGCCCCUCAAAAAUGGAGUACUUUUUUGAUCCAGAAGUGCUAACUGAAGGAGAGCUGGCCCCAAAUGAUAGAUGUUGCCGAAUUUGUGGGAAAAUUGGACACUUCAUGAAGGACUGUCCUAUGAGGAGAAAAGUGAGGCGACGGCGUGAUCAGGAAGAUACCCUGAACCAAAGAUACCCUGAGAACAAAGAGAAGAGAAGCAAAGAGGACAAAGAAAUUCAGAACAAGUACACAGAGAGGGAGGUGUCGACAAAAGAAGAUAAGCCCAUGCAGUGCACACCUCAGAAAGCCAAGCCAGUGAGGACAGCUGUCGACCUGGGCAGAGAGAAAAUUCUCAGGCCACCGGUGGAAAAAUGGAAGAGACAGGAUGACAAAGACUUAAGAGAAAAACGUUGUUUUAUUUGUGGAAGAGAAGGGCACAUUAAAAAGGAAUGCCCCCAAUUUAAAGGCUCUCCAGGUAGCCUUUCCAGUAAAUAUAUGACUCAGGGAAAAGCCUCAGCGAAGAGGACCCAGCAGGAAUCAUGAGGGAAGGAAAAAAUGCAGCACUCUAAAUGGCCACUCAGGCGUUCCUAUUCACUUUGAAAUUAGGUUCAUUUCACAGGACACAGCAGCAUAGAUCAGGCUUCAACUUAACAUUUAAGGGAAAUGUCAGAUUUUUUUUAACUUAAUGAAAUUGUUAAUGAGGAAAAACAAAUUUAAUACAGUCUCACGUACCACAAAUCCCCAUAGAUGUAAGGAUUUUAAGAGAAAGCCAUGAUGUAUGUAUUUAAGCCAGGUUUUAUUUUUUUUUUAAGCCAGGUUUAAAAAAAAAAAAAAAGUAUAACUGUGGGCCAGUAUUCAGUGAAUACAAUUUCAUGGUUUUUAAUUCUUUCAAAGCACACUGAAAGGGGUGUGCUGAUAAACCCUGAGUAAAUUAACCCGUUUUUUCACCUACAAAUCCCUUUUUUGUUUUGAAGAGGGGAAAUUAUAUUUAUUGUUUACUGAAUCCUUGUGUGAAAGCAUAUCAAAUAUGUGUGAACUGCUACUACUGUAUUUACAAUUUACAAACCUUAUUUUAUUGAUAUUUGUAGAAGUGACAACGCGAACAUGAGUACCUAUUUAUGCGAGCCUUCCGUGGGUAAGCAGCACCACCAAGGGGCUCUGGGGUUUUUUCCCUCUCUAAUUUUAAGUAAGUUGACAUAGAAUUCCUAUACUCAUAAAAAUGAAGUAAGGAAAACAAGUAGUCCUGUUUGCUGCUAAAAACAUUUUCAAAGGAAAAAUGACAAAGUAGAAGUGCUUUUUACUUUUUAUGAUACUCAGAAAUUAGGGUGGAGAACUUUUAAAAAAUCCCUGAGGAUUAAAGAGGCCAUCUCUGCCAAUCACAAAUUUGGUUGGUGUCAUUUUGGGUCUGACUGGAGCCCUCCUGGAACUGUUUCUCUAACUCCACAAGCCAUCCAGAAGUAGUAUGUGGUCAGAACUAUGCCUUGGUUUAUUUAUCAUUUUGAAAUAAAAUCAGAAUUUCAACCUGUAA